UCCAAAGCAAUUGCUGUCGACGCUGAUAAAGAUCAUCAUCGACGAGAUGAGGAAGACUUGCCAGAAACAGCCAAUCGUGUGCGGUUACAUCCCUACAGAAGACAUUUACGAGCCGCUGAAGUUGAUGCAAUCCGUGAUCAUGAAGACCAACGAGGUCUGCCUAAGGUACCUGGAGAACAGCACCCUCUGCACGCUGCCGUCCCCUGGACCCUCCUACAACGUGGUCACCUGUUGCGCGAUGAAGAACACCAGGCGCAAGAUGGAGGACAGACACACGAUCAUCAAUGACCUGAACACGAUCUUCAAUGAUCAGGAAGCAAGUCCGUCCAGCUAUUAUGCGAUAUUCGAUGGUCACGCCGGCCACGAUGCGGCCGCCUACAGCGCGGCCCACCUCCAUCAGUACCUGGCGGAGAGCAGACACUUCGUCUCCAAUCCAGAGCAGGCUCUGAUCGAUGCCUUCUGCAAAACGGAUGCACUGUUCAUUGAGAAAUGCAAAGUUGAGAAUUUCAGCAGUGGAACUACUGCCGUAUGCGCAUUGCUCCGUCCGAAAGAGAAGAGCCUUUAUAUUGCCUGGGUUGGCGAUUCGCAGGCCCUAAUUGCCAAUCAGGGCAAGAUACUUCAAUGCGUCAACCCCCAUAAACCCUUCAGACCGGACGAGAAGGAGCGCAUUGAGAACGAGGGCGGAAUGAUUAUCUACUGGGGCACGUGGAGGGUUAACGGGCAGUUGGCAGUCUCCAGAGCUAUCGGCGAUGCGGAGUACAAGCCUUUCGUUAUUGCUGUACCGGAAGUCAGGGAGAUUCCGUUAUCCGGAUCCGAAGAUUUCAUCAUCCUGGCCUGCGAUGGCCUCUGGGAUUUCCUCAGCGAGGAGGAUGCGGCGAUGCUGGUGUACAAGAUGGUCUUCGAUAAUCCAGGGUGA